AUGCGAACGCUUCGAGGGGAGGAGCAAGGUCUCCUUGCCCGUUCUCACGAUGGCAUUGACUCACCGCUCCUCACGCCAUCGCACCAAGAUGGUUCUGCAGAGCCGCUCAUAAAAACCGGUGUGGAAGGCGCUCCCGCUUGGGAACAUAUGUCGCCUAGACAGCGCACCCUAGUCUACCUCACCUUUGGCUUGCUCGGCAUGGGCGUGCUCUUACCGUUCAACUCGCUCAUUACCCCUGCAGAGUAUUUUCGCUCGUCGUUCGCACACACACCGUAUGCCACCACUUUCAGCAGCUGGAUCACGGUAUCCUACAAUGUCAUCAGCAUCCUCGUCGGCAUCCACGCAACCGCCACCGGUGGCUUCGAAAGGUCAAGUCCACAUCGCAGGAUCACUAUCUCGUCGACUGUCAUCAUUCUCUCCGUAUUUUGCUUCGCGCUUUCCACAAGAGUAGGAGAGUAUAGCUCUCGUACUGGUCAUCAUGAUGAUAAACCAACCUCACAACCUACCAGCCACACCUACUUCUAUUUCACCCUCUUCCUUGGCGGCUUGCUCUCGAGCGCGUGUGCCUACUUGCAGAACAGCGUCGUCUCGCUCAGUACUGCGUUUGGCGCAGGUGGAUCGUUCAUGGGCUCAAUGCUAGCGGGUCAAGGUGUCGUGGGAGUUGGUAUCAGCAUCUUUGGCUUCGCCUCUGCCUGGUCACAGCAGACUGUGCCGGAUGACGCCAUCUCUGCGGAUCGUCAAGCCGCUCAAGAGACGUCGCGUAGCAUUGCCCGAGCCGCGACCCUGUUCUUUGGCAUGAACACUUUGCUCAUGAUGGCGGUGCUUGUCGCCUUCCUCUGGCUUACCAAUACGCCUCUGUACACGCAAGUAAUGGCCAAGCAAAUUGCUACAAUCGACAAAAUCGAAGACGAGAACGACGCUUCUUCCAGGCUAGAUGAUGACGAUCUCGAAGGUCGGCUCGAGGGCAACGCAAUGACGCAGAGCUGGCACUCGAUCCGUUCUGUCUCUCACCCUGCUUAUAGCUCGUGGCUCAAAAGGGUGCCCGGCUUCCACAGACUGUCGCCCACAACGCGUGAAUCACUGCUGCGCAUCUCGCUCGUUCAAUCCAAAGUCAAGUGGGACUGUGCUGCAGUUGCCUUCAUAUUCGUCAUCACUCUCAGCAUCUUCCCUGCGCUCACAUCUUCGGUUCAGAGCGUCUACACAGGCACUUCCAGAUCUGGGUUCAGCUCAGUGGACCUUACCUCGCCGCAGCUGUUUGUACCCUUUCACUUUUUCCUCUUCAACCUUUCGGAUCUGCUGGGCAGAUCGUUGCCAAGCUUGGUACCUUCGGCUUUGAUACGCAAAGCUCGAGCACUAUUUUCGCUCUCGCUACUCCGCGUAUUGUUUGUGCCUCUGUUCAUGGCAUGCAACGUCGUGUCGACAAGUCAGCGGACGGGUCCUAUCAGCCGUAUCAAUGCUGGAACACCCGAAGGAUGGCUAGCCAGUCUGAUGCAGUCAAGCGAUGCUCCGUUCUUCAGUCUCAUGCUGCUGCUCGGCUUUUCCAACGGCCUCGUCAGCACUUGCAUCAUGAUAUCAGGUCCUGCAAGGAGCAAGCUAGUAAACUCGAAAGGCGCGAGCGAAGGACCUCUGGCAGCUACCCUGCUUUCUUUCUGGCUUUGCGUUGGCCUGGCUAUCGGCAGCGGUCUUAGUUUUCUUACUGUCAAGUCAUAA